GGAGUUGAAUUUGGAAAAUGCUUUUGGCAUUCUUUUAGUUCGAUUUCGUGUGCGGACGUCGACUGACAGACGGCACCAAGAAUUUAGCCGGGAACUCGGGGAAAAUCUAGAAACAAUCGAGAAAUCAGGAAAAUUUGACUACGCGUGUUUACAUUUUAUGUUCCUACGGGCCUAAGACCUAAUAAAUAUAAAAAGACUCUUUUAUAUGGUUGAAAAUAUUAAAAAUGUGUAUUAUAACAUAGUCGUCAGCGGAUGUAUGUUUCGUAAGUUCAAACGUCGUGCGGAUCGUUUCAAUUGCGCGGAGCAGAGCUAUAAAUAAGCCAGCCGCCACUUGAAUUAUUUUCCAUAAAACCAACAAAUAAAACCAAUUCCAAUCACCAACGAGAAAGGUUGCAACCCGAUUUGCUCCCCAUCAACAAUGCAGCAUUAUUUACUUUUGUUUGGCGCGCUCAUCUCGCCGCUGGCCUCAGCUUACGCCAUCAAGUGCUACGCCUGCGAAUCCGUCUACGAGGCAAGUUGCGGCGACGACUUCGAAGUCGAGAACCAUUUCAAAUUCGACUGCGCCUUUAUUGCUCCACCGCGGUUUCUGGAGAACGAUCUGCUCAGCGUGAAUGCCACGGCCUGUUUGAAACGGGUGUUCAAGGAAAAUGGCGUACGUAAGAUCGUCAGAGGCUGCUACUUUGGCGAGGUAAAUGCCACCGAUGUGUGGUGCAAAAUGGACCCCACCCUCACGGCGGUGCAGAAUUCAAGUUGUCAUGUGUGCGACAGCGAGAACUACUGCAAUGGAUCGGAAAGGCGUCCAGUGGAUAAAUGGGAGAUUAUCGCCAGUCUGGUCUUGUUUCUCUUGGCACCUCAACUACUCUGAGGCGACAGAAGAAGAAGUGGAAGUGGAAAUGGAAAUGAAAUGAACAGUAAAAGGCACAGUAGCUUAAGUAAACCUAGUUCAAUUUAGAUGUAGUCCCCAGGCCCAGAAAUAUCAAUUUGUGGAGGUGGAGCCCACAUUAGUAGAGCACACCAUCCACAAAACCAUUUAGCCAAAUCUGCACACACAAAUUAAUGGCAACCUCAGCACACAUGAGCCGAAAGGCUGGCC